AUCAUAUAAUUUUGCAGGGUUUGGAUGCAGACAUGUUUGGGGAGAUCCUGAGUUACAUCUACUCGGGAACCCUCCAUGUGUCCCUGGACAAAGUGCAGCCCCUGUACCAGGCAGCCGACCUCCUCCAACUGGACUAUGUGAGAGACACCUGCAGCAAGUACAUGGUGAAAAACAUGAAAGUGGAGCGCUCCACCUGUGUGGACCUGUACAAGUUUGCUGAUGUCUAUUCCCAGGAUAUUGUCCGGAGUCGUUGUCAGCAGUGGAUUGUUAGGCACUUUACUGAGGUUGCCUCCAGCGAGGAGUUUUGCAGCCUGAGUGUGCAUCAGCUGACUGAGGUCAUCAGCCACGAUGAGCUGGAUGUUAAAGAGGAGACAACAGUGUGGGAGGCUGUGGUGAGAUGGGUGCAGCACAGCAAGGAGGACAGACAGCACCACCUACCCAGCAUCCUCCCUCACGUCCGCUUCAACCUGCUGACCUCAGAUGACACGGCAGCCAUCUUGGAUCACCCCCUGGUCAGGGAGGAUCCUGGGAGUUCUGAGGUCAUCAGGAAUGUGGUACAGAAAGGGAACCCCACCCUGAAACCGAGGCAUGGGAUGUUCAUAGAAAUGGCUUUUCUGUCCCAUAGAGAUUCGGACAAGUUCCUUUUCAUGAACCCUCACGAAGGCAAGUACAUCAAGUGCAGAUACGAACCUGGGGACCUACCUGAAAUCCAAGCCUUGACAGUCACCAGUGAUAAUGAUAUAUGCAUCCUUGCAAACGAGUUAGAGGAUUCCCGUAAGUUGUCCCUGUUUAAGUACAGCCAUGUGAGGAAUGUGUGGGAACCUGCUGGUAUUUCUUCAGUAUCUCGGUGGCGGAGAUGGGAAAACGAUAUGGUUGAAGAGCGCCUUGUUGAAGUUGAUCGGACUUUAUACUACCUUGUUGAAAAUCUGGAAGAAAAUGUGGUGCGGAUGAGAAAGUACAUCCGACACAGGGACAUGUGGAUGGAGUGUUCACAGCUGGAACUUGACUAUUGUACAUACGACUUCAGUGCAGCAUUGUCCUGCAAUUCACACCUCUAUUUCAUCACAAGCACAGAAGUGCAUCGCUACGACGCGAGCCAGAACUGCUGGUGCAAGCUGAGCUCACCCGAACCCCCUCCUGAUAUCAACACCGCCGUUGCCAUGGGAACAGAGAUUUUCUGGACAGAUUUGGACUUUAAUCAGAUCAUUGUGUACGAUACAGAGUCAGACCAAUGGCAGAAACUGCAAGGCUGGCAGAAACCAGGAAACCUUGAUAUUGGAAGUAGAAAUUAUUCCCAUCUUUUUGUAAUGGAGAACCAGCUGCACAUUUUGUUAAGCUGUACUACAGACAAGAAAGGGGACUGGCAGCGCUGUACUAAUUCUAAAGACAUUGAAGAAGACAAAUACAGUUUAUAUCUGGUUUAUGUGUAUGACAGGCCUGCUGAUACCUGGAGACAGUUGAAGGCCGAUCUGCCUAAUGACAUUACGAGCUACUCAGGGCAUAUACCUCAUUGCCUGAUGCCACGGAUAUAUCCACCGUAUCUCAAAGGAUAAAGAUAAAUACAGUAAUUUCUGCACGGUUGUAGGACACGGCUGUUAUCGUUAAACAACAUUUUGGUUUAGGUUUUGCUGAUUGUGCCUACAUUGGGAUAGACCUUGUAGUACAUGUACAUGUUUUACCUUGAUCUUUUUUUGGAAACCCCUAUUCCCUCUUAUAGAUAAGGUUCAUCUUUCCAUGACGGAUAUGAUGUGAUGUGUCAAACUCUUAACAGUAGUAACAAAAGAGCUAACACUUCUCCGGACUACGAAACUUGCUUGCAUCACAGUGUGAUAAGAUCACAAAUUUGCUGUUAGAAUGAGCUGUGGUUAACAUGUACAUAUUCGAAAGUAUGUGAUGUAUUUCAUGUCUGUGGAACUAAUUUAUCACCGCCCGUGACAGAUGCAGUUUUAGUAGUUCGUAGAAAUGAAAUUAAACUACUGUAUUACCAGGGACCAAUAGUCUGGGUGCCAUCUUUUUUCUGAUUUUGUAUUAGCCAAGUAAACUUUGUAUUUGUGAUAUCCUAGUUUGUUUUUCAUUUUGUAUUGGAUAAACGUAUUUUUGAUGUCCUUUUUUUUCUAUUAGAUUUUGAUUUGUAUUUGUUGAUAAUGUUACUAUUAUAUUUGAUGUUUAAGAAGGUAAUUUAAGCACACUCAAGUACUUUUGUAGAUUCCAGCAGUUUAUUUGUUUCCGCAUUGCUUGCGUUUCCGUAUUAAAAGUAUGUAUAGGUACGUA